GAUCCUGGCCUCGAUCGACCGCUACCGCGGCAACGACCCGUACAUGCGGCGCGACGAGUUCUACACGUCCAGCGACCUGGAGCAAGACCGGGCACUGCUGGACGGCCGCGGUGUGAAGGCGGCGCCCGACGGCAGCGGGCUGAUGCGGCACGACAGCUUCCAUGAGCAGCGGCUGACGCUGGGCGCCCGCCCCAGCCUGGACCGCGCCAGCCCGCUGUACGAGGAGCCGGCCGAGCACACGAGCAGCUCGCGCGACGAGCUCAGCGCCACCGAAGUGUCCUACUCGCCCACCACCAAGUCGCCGAGCCCCAGCGGCACCUCGCCGACGCGUGGCUCGCUGAGCUCGCCGACGCUGGUCAAGGCCGAGAUCGACCAGGACAAGCUGAUCCUGGGCAACUUUGAGCCGGACGCGCCCGGCCGGCGCAGCAAGGUGACGACGCCCGUCUCGCCGCCGCGCGAGAACGUCAUCGAGCCGCACCCAGCGUACCAGCAGGGCGGCGAGGAGGCGGCCACCAGCCGCACCGAGCUGCGCCUCGCCGAGGCUGACAAGAAGGUCUCGUUCGAGGACGAGCAGGAGCCGCGCGAGGCCAAGAAGCCGCUAACGGCCCGCGAGCGCUGGUUCUGGGCUUACGAGAAGAUUCUGCUGCAGCUCAAUCCGGCGGGAGGUGACCACAGCAGGAAUGGGUUCUCCAGCGACAACCCGUUCUACAGCAACAUCGACAGCAUGCCCGACAUUCGGCCGCGCCGAAAGUCGAUCCCCCUGGUGUCGGAGCUGGUGCUCAAGACUAUGGCGGCGACCAAGAGGAACGCAGGGCUCACAUCGGCGCUUCCGAGGCCGUCCCUCAACGACGAGGAGCUGAAGAUGCACGUGUACAAGAAGACACUGCAGGCGCUCAUCUACCCGAUCAGCAGCACGACACCGCACAACUUCGUGCCCUGGACGGCCACGUCGCCCACCUACUGCUACGAGUGCGAGGGCCUGCUGUGGGGCAUCGCGCGCCAGGGUGUGCGCUGCACUGAGUGCGGCGUCAAGUGCCACGAGAAGUGCAAGGACCUGCUGAACGCCGACUGCCUUCAGCGCGCGGCUGAGAAAAGCUCCAAGCACGGUGCUGAUGACAAGGCCAAUAACAUAAUCACGGCGAUGAAGGACCGCAUGAAGAUUCGCGAACGAAACAAGCCGGAGAUUUUCGAACUGAUCAGGGCCGUAUUUCGUGUAGAGGAGAAGUCGCACGUGGGCCACAUGAAGGCCGUCAAGCAGGCCGUUCAGGACGGCACCAGUAAAUGGUCGGCCAAAAUUGCCAUCACAGUUAUCUGCGCUCAGGGCCUGAUCGCCAAGGACAAGGGCGGCACCUCGGACCCGUACGUCACGGUGCAGGUGGGCAAGGUCAAGAAGCGCACCCGAACCGUGCCGCAGGAGCUCAACCCCAACUGGAACGAGAAGUUCUACUUCGAGUGCCACAACUCAUCCGAUAGAAUUAAGGUGCGAGUUUGGGAUGAAGACAAUGACAUCAAGUCCAAGUUGCGACAAAAGCUGACAAGAGAAUCGGACGACUUCCUGGGCCAGACCAUCAUUGAGGUGCGCACUCUCUCUGGCGAGAUGGAGGUCUGGUACAACCUGGAGAAACGCACCGACAAGUCGGCUGUGUCGGGCGCCAUCCGCCUCCACAUCAGCGUCGAGAUCAAGGGAGAGGAGAAGGUCGCUCCAUACCACGUCCAGUACACGUGCCUACAUGAGAACCUGUUCCACUACCUAUGUGAACAGGAGUCAGGAAACGUCAAACUGCCCCAGGCCAAAGGCGAUGACGGCUGGAAGGUGUACUUCGACGAGCCGGCGCAGGAGAUCGUCGACGAGUUCGCCAUGCGUUACGGCGUGGAGAGCAUAUACGAAGCCAUGACGCACUUUCAUUGUCUGUCCACCAAGUAUCUGUGCCCGGGCGUGCCGGCCGUCAUGUCCACCCUGCUGGCCAACAUCAACGCCUACUACGCGCACACCACGGCCAGCCCCAACGUCUCUGCCAGCGACCGGUUCGCCGCCUCGAACUUUGGGAAAGAGAAAUUCGUCAAGCUGCUGGACCAGCUACAUAACUCCCUGCGCAUAGACCUGAGCAUGUACCGGAACAAUUUCCCGGCCUCUUCGCCAGAAAAGCUGCAGGACCUCAAGUCGACAGUCGAUCUGCUUACCAGUAUCACUUUCUUCCGCAUGAAGGUCCAGGAGAUCACGCACCCGCCCCGGGCUAGCACGGUGGUUCGCGACUGCGCCGAGGCCUGUCUCAAGUCCACGUACCAGUUCCUGUUCGAGAACUGCUACGAUCUCUACAGCCGCGAGUUCCAGCCGGAUCCGAAUGAGAUGAAGCGGGAAGGCGACGACCACGGACCACGUCUGGACUCGCUGGACUUUUGGCAUAAGCUGGUGGCGCUCAUUGUGUCCGUCAUCGACGAGGACCGCAACAGCUACGCGCCCGUGCUCAGCCAGUUCCCGCAGGAGUUCAACAUCGGCCAGCUGUCCGCGUCGGUGAUGUGGCAUCAGUUCUCGCUGGACAUCAAGUAUGCGCUGGAGGAGCACAGCCAGCAUCGGCUCUGCAAGUCGGCCGCCUACAUGAAUCUGCACUUCAAGGUCAAGUGGCUGUACAACCAGUACGCCAAGGACGCGCCGCCAUACAAGGGAUCGGUACCCGAGUACCCGACCUGGUUCGAGUCGUCCGUCAUGCAGUGGCUCAACGAGAAUGACGAUGUCAGCCUGGAAUACCUCAACGGUGCCUUCGCCAGGGAUAUGAAGGACGGCUUCCAACAGAGCUCUGAGCACUCGCUCUUCUCCAACUCGGUGGUGGACAUCUUCACCCAGCUGGCGCAGUGCUUUGACGUGGUCUCCAAGCUGGAGACGCCUGACCCGGAGAUCUGGAAGCGCUACAUGAAGCGGUUCGCCCGCACCAUCGUCAAGGUGCUGCUCGCCUACGCCGACAUCACCAAGAAGGAGUUCCCCAACUACGUGCAGGACGAAAAGACGGCGUGCAUCCUUAUGAACAACAUCCAGCAGCUGCGCGUGGAGCUGGAGAAGAUGUACAACCAGAUGGGCGGCGAGUCGCUGGAGGAGGGCGCCGCCAACAUCCUCAAGGAGCUGCAGCAGAGUCUGAACGCCGUGCUCGACGACCUCGCCCAGAUGUUUGCGAAAAGCCUGGAGCGGAAGAUCGCCUCAUCGGUGCAGGAGCUGGGUAAUCUGCUGUCCGCCAUCAAGGGCGGCGGCCAGCUUAACCAGCCGACCAACCGCAACAUCGUGGCCGGCGAGGCAGAUGAGGUGCUCACUCCGCUGAUGGACCUGCUGGACGGCUCCCUGUCGCUGUACGCGCAGAGCUGCGAGAAGACGGUGCUGAAGCGGCUGCUGAAGGAGCUCUGGCGGAUAGUCAUGACGACCAUGGAGAAAACGGUGGUCCUACCGCCGAUGAGCGACAAGAGCAUGAUUUUCAAGAGCUUGACAGAUAACGCGAAGAACUUGGCAGCCAAUGCCAAGAUAGAGGAUAUGUCUCGCCUCAUCAAAAACCACAUGGCCGGCGGCGGUAAAGACGUCAAGAAUGCCAUCAGCAAUGUUAUGGACAUCUCCAAGGAGGCGGAGAAGAACCUGUCGCCGAAGCAGUGCGCCGUGCUGGACGUGGCGCUAGACACCAUCAAGCAGUACUUCCACGCUGGUGGCAACGGCCUGAAGAAGACCUUCCUGGACAAGUCGCCAGAGCUGCAGAGUCUGCGCUAUGCCUUGUCGCUCUACACGCAGACCACCGAUACACUCAUCAAGACGUUCGUCACCACGCAGACCAACCAAGACGCACCGACCGUGGAGGAGGGAGGCGUCGGCGAGAUCAGCAUUCAGGUGGACCUCUUCACCCACCCGGGCACCGGCGAGCACAAGGUCACCGUCAAAGUGGUGGCGGCUAACGACAUCCGGUGGACGAGCCAGUCGGGCAUGCUGCGGCCCUUCGUCGAGAUCAACCUCAUCGGGCCGCACCUGGCCGACAAGCGCCGCAAGCACGCUACAAAGUCCAAGUCAAACAACUGGUCCCCCAAAUUCAACGAGACGUUCCACUUCAUGAUUGGCAACGAGGAGUCUCUGGACAGUUACGAACUGCACAUCUGCGUCAAGGACUACUGCUUUGCCCGGGACGACCGGCUGGUGGGCGUGGCCAUUAUUCAGCUGAAGGACAUCGUGGAUCAGGGCUCGUGCGCGUGCUGGCUGACUCUUGGCAAGAGGUGUCAGAUGGACGAGACCGGCUGGACCAUCAUGCGCAUCCUCUCGCAGCGCACCAACGACGAGGUGGCCAAGGAGUUCGUUAAGCUCAAGUCGGACAUCCGCUCUGCGGAUCCGGCGCCGGGCGCACCCGGCUCUCAGUAGCGGGCGUCCGCUGCCGGUCCGGCCGCGCCGUCGCACGCACAACUGCCCGGCUCCCUGUCUGUGAUACUGGCCGACACGCCGCCAGCUGUAGAUGUCGCCGCAGUAGCGCCACCCGCCGUAUAGGUGCCGCCGCACUCGCCCGGCGAUGGGACCACUGACUGCUCCGUGGCGCCGGAGACGCGCCGGUCGGCGACCGGGGCGCGCUGCUCUUACAAACACGGUUCUUCCAUCAGUUGGGGUGGUGAAUCCGCCGGCUGGAGGAGUGCAUGUCUCGCGUAUCGUCCGUGUGUUCGUCCGUCUUUCAGUGAGCAGGAGGACUGUGCCCGCAUUGCGUCACGUGCUGAGGCAUGUCGCUGGUGGGCUAUUCAGUUAGCCGAGGAUCGGGUGCACACGAAAACAAGUGAUGCGAUUGGAUGAGGUCUGGGUGGGCUUGGGUAUAACUGGUUCCAGGCGGCGGUACGCGGAGUCAGCCGCCGGUGUCCCGACCCUGUACCCUUACAGCGCCUCCAGUCCACGCGGGCUGGCUCUCCCGCUCGGGUCGCAGACCGAGCGAGCGAGACCCUAGCUCUGCGGUGCCGCUGCUGCCGCCUGCCGCUGCGCUUCCGCACGAGCGGGGCUCUGUUGAGCGAUCGUGGCAGUACCCGACUUCAGAGGACGUCUGCGUUGUGAUUGCUGGUCAUAUCACGUUACGGGAAUUGGUUAGCGCGGCUUGCGCGGGCUGGGGAGCUACGUUAUGAGUCUUGUCGUGGGGUUGAGGACGGGUACUGUGUUCGGCUGCUCGCAAACCAGCUGUGCCCGUUUGUCUUAUGGAUUUUAGUUGACAGAACUGAGAAUGAUGAAUAUACUAGAUAAGCCUUCCUCCUGCAAUGACAGUGUUGUCCUUUAUGUGGAUAGUUUGUGUCACCUGGACCUUCGCGUGCAGCCUCCAGCCUGGCUCUCAGUUUGCUGUCACAGCUCGGGAGUAUGGGCUGGUGUUCUGGGAUGUUGGCUGCUCCCCAGGAUUAUCUUGUGCCUUCUGGUUCGGGGCCCGUUUGGCAAUGGUGCCGAGUUGGAUGAGCAUCUCGCCAGCCGCCUAAAGCCUGGUCGACUCGCUCCGUGACAACACUGUUCUCAGUCGAACGCGCUGAACCACGGCACGCUACCCGCUUGCUGCGAUCCAGAAAAUCUACACCCCGCGAAUAUAGUUGACGGAAGAAGACUGGCCCCUGGCAUUUGCCAUCAGUACGCGUACACGAGACUCUGGCCAUUCCAUUCUACAGCGUUCGUUUCCUGACGGAAUUAACGUGCUCCUUGAUAAAUGUAACCUUGAAACGAUAUGCUCGGCUUGUCUCAUCUAUGCUCUGCCUCGUAUUUGUUCAAGCAGCUGUUCACGACCGUUGUGUGUGUCAAGCGUCGACUUGUGGUGAGCUGUUCAAGUUUGCUCGCUUCUGCUGGUCCGUGAUCCAUGAUCAGUGCCCACCUUGUCCCUUUAUAUUCCUCUCAGUAACCUACUCCUCCGAGUGCAUGUGAAAGAGGACGAACCGUAUCGUACUACUAUGUCAAACAUGAUGCGUUUAUAUCGGAGGACACUGCGUUGCAAAGUUAUGUAAAUAUAUGUAAUCACUAGUGCGUAAUGGACGCGGUAGUUGCAUUUUGUAUCGAUAUCGGAUGGCGUGUACUGUUUUGUUAUUCAAUAUAUACGGAAUAAUAAAUCUUUU